AUGGCAACGUCUUGGAGCACAGCAGUUCCCGAUUUUGUGGAGAGGAAGGGUUCAAUGUUUUUGAGAUCUAACCACAUGAACUAUGCUCGAGCCACAUUGACAUCAAAUUGGUAUGUUGAUUCCAGAGAAGCUGAACCUAAAAAUUAUGAUAUUAAUAGAGAUCCAACUAGAGAUUUAUGUAAAGCAACUUAUGAUAGAAUUGGAGAUAUUACUGAUGGGUCUUUACCAAAAACUACUUAUCAAGAACAUUCAGAAGAAAUAUUCUUGAAGAAAAGAGAAUUUGAAGAGAAGAAAACAACAAAACCUAUGAUAACAGUAGAAAAUGUAUCAAAUUUAAAAAUAGACAGAGAUAUUGGAUCACCAAAUAAAGGUUAUGGAUCAGUAUUACCAAGACAUGAUCCUGAUCAUAAUAAAUAUUAUCUAGAGAGUACACAUAGAGCAGAUUUUACUCCUCCAUACCCUUAUCAACCAUCUCAGGUACCCGAUUUAUCUAUAGCAUUUAAAAAAUGUCACUCCCAGUUCACUGAUACAAGUGAUUAUAGAAGAAAUGGACGCAAUACAUGGCAAGAUGAAAGUGGUAUCUAUAAUAAUACACAUUAUAAACGACAAAUUUAUAAAGUUGCUGAUCCUAUACCUGUUCAGUUACAAUAG